CGUGGGUAUGAGUGCCACCCUCCCAAACCUGUCCCUGCUGGCUGGGUGGCUGGAUGCGGAGCUUUACCAGACUGACUACAGACCCGUCCCGCUGAAGCAGAGGCUCAAGGUGGGGAACAGCAUCUACGACUCCAGCCUCUCUCUGGUCCGAACCUUCGAGCCCCUGAUCACGGUCAAGGGAGAUGAGGACCACAUACUGUCUCUAUGUUAUGAGACAGUGAGUGAGGGCCACUCUGUCCUCCUGUUCUGUCCUUCCAAGAGCUGGUGCGAGAAACUGUCUGACAGUAUUGCUAGAGCGUUCUACAACCUCAGACACACAGGUGGUCAGGUGGUCAGUGGCUCAGCGCUCCAGGCUGUGGUAUUGGACCAGGGGGGAGUGGUGGAUGUGUUAGCCCAGCUCAGACGCACCCCGGCUGGGUUAGACCCAGUCCUGCAACGCACCGUGCCCUGGGGGGUGGCCUUCCACCACGCUGGUUUGACGUUUGAUGAGCGAGACGUGUUGGAGGGAGCAUUCCGAGGGGGCGUGGUCAGAGUGUUGGCGGCGACCUCAACCUUGUCAUCGGGGGUCAACCUGCCUGCACGUAGGGUUAUCAUACGAACUCCGACCUUUAAUGGCCGUCUGCUCGACCCCCUGACCUACAGACAGAUGGCCGGACGCGCCGGGAGGAUGGGAGUCGACACUGAGGGGGAGAGUGUGUUGGUGUGUAAGGAGGCGGAGCGUCAAAAGGGUGUGUGUCUUCUCCAGGGCUCUCUGCAGCCAAUCAGCAGCUGCCUGGUGAAGAGGGAGGGGGAGGGCCUAACCACCAGCAUGCUCCGAGCCAUCCUGGAGGUACUGACCUCUAACCCCUGA